GGCCGGCCCCACCCCUGCCCGCCCGCCCUCGGCUCCCACCGCGCCGGCAGCGAGCCCGGGACCCCGCACCGCCGGGCGCCGAGCGGAGCCCCGCCAGCUCCCGCCGGGCGCUCCGAUGCCGGAGCCGAGCAGGAUUCCAAGCCCGAGGAAGAGAAGCGCGUGCCUGCCCGCCCAGCUCACCCCCUGGCCCUGCUGCUUUCUCAGGGUCUGAGACGCCGGCCUUACUGCCCAGCUGAGGGUCCGAGGACUCUCCUCCCUCCAGCCCCGUGGUGCUGAGUGAACCCUGGUUGCAGGGAGUGAGGAGUGGGCGGUCCAGGCUCCAGAGCAAGAGCCCUGUGGGGCCUCGGGCCUCGGAGGGAAACUGGAACCAGCGGGGAACAUGAGUGAAUUCUGGCACAAACUGGGCUGCUGUGUGGUAGAGAAACCCCAGCCGAAGAAGAAGAGGAGACGGAUCGACCGGACCAUGAUUGGGGAGCCGAUGAAUUUUGUCCACCUGACGCACAUCGGCUCCGGCGAGAUGGGGGCCGGCGAUGGACUGGCCAUGACAGGUGCUGUUCAGGAGCAGAUGAGGUCCAAGGGAAACCGAGACAGGCCAUGGAGCAAUUCUAGGGGCUUGUAGCCCCCACAGGAAUGUUUUUGCUGUCUGAAGUCUCCACUCUGUGCCCAGCCCAGAAGAGAUGCUGCCUCCACCAGAUCCUCCGAGAACCAGAGUCCUCAAGGCCCCUUCUUCCCUAUCUGCCUGAUAGUGCCUCAAAAGGCUUGGGGGCUGGACUCCCUCUGCUUCCUCUGGCUGUAGCCCCUCCUGGAGACGGGGUCAAGGCAGCAGGACUGACCAAGUAACUACCGGUUGGCCAGAGGAGCUCAGCUGAAGCCCCGGACACUCUCAGAUCUGAAAUAGGAGUUUCUGGAAACCAGGAAUGAGUUCCCUUCUCCUGAAUGACAGUCUGGGUGCCACCUGUUUUUAAACUAUUAACCUUGUUGCCCUUAAGUGGCAGGUGGGUGAGGUUACCAAGCUGAAGCUGGCUUUGCUGAGAAGCUCCCUACCUCUCUGCCCUUCUCCUUCCUUCUGGAAUGAACUGAAGCAGACCUCAAGCAGGGCCUGGGAGGGUGACCACUGCCUAGUCUACUCUCUUUAAAUCUCAGACCUUAAGCUCACAGCUCUUCAGUGGCUCUCUGCCAACACCAGCGUCUUUCUCUAGGUAGGCUCUAACCCUGUUUCUGUAGCAUUGCUAGCCCCCCAGUAUCUUUCCUUUUUAAAAAUUAAUUAAAAAGUAAAUUUAA